AGAGACCCCUGUACAACGCAUCGAAGAUAGCGAGACCAAGUCCUCUUCUCUCUCGUCUCUGCACCCUUCUGAAACCCUAGAAUUCCUUGAAAUUCACUCCCAGUGAUGCCUGAAAGCUCCAUGAUUCUUUGUGUUUUGAGGAUUUCCGGUAAGUCUGAGCAUAGAUUUGGUUGUUGCGUUUGAUAUUGGACUGGAUUCGUGCGUGUUUGGUGGGAAUUUGAACUCUAAGCUUCGAGGUUCGGUGGUGGUUUGGUUUUCUGGACGGAGAGGUUUUGGUUUCUGAGAUUAUUAGUGGGAAUAAAUGUCGUCUUUAAGCAGAGAACUGGUGUUUCUCAUACUUCAAUUCCUCGAGGAGGAGAAGUUCAAGGAAUCUGUGCAUAGGCUGGAGAAAGAAUCUGGGUUUUACUUCAAUAUGAAGUACUUUGAGGAUAAAGUUCAGAAUGGGGAAUGGGAGGAAGUUGAAAAAUACUUAUCUGGAUAUACAAAAGUUGAUGAUAACAGAUACUCGAUGAAGAUAUUUUUUGAAAUAAGGAAGCAAAAGUAUCUUGAAGCCCUUGACCGGAGUGACAAGGCAAAGGCUGUGGAGAUAUUGGUAAGCGACUUGAAAGUUUUCUCAACAUUUAAUGAGGAGUUGUACAAAGAAAUUACUCAGCUUUUGACUCUUACUAAUUUUAGGGAAAAUGAGCAGCUUUCCAAGUAUGGGGACACAAAAGCUGCUCGUAGUAUAAUGUUGAUAGAGCUGAAAAAGCUUAUAGAGGCAAAUCCUCUUUUCAGAGACAAGCUUGUUUUCCCAAGCUUGAAGUCAUCAAGAUUACGAACACUCAUCAAUCAAAGUUUGAACUGGCAGCAUCAGUUAUGCAAGAACCCACGGCCAAAUCCUGAUAUCAAGACUUUAUUCAUGGACCAUACAUGUUCACCACCGAAUGGUCCUCUGGCACCAACACCUGUCAAUCUUUCUGUAGCAAAACCUGCGCCCUACGCCCCACUUGGAGCUCACAGUCCAUUCCCACCAACUGGAGCUGCAGCUAAUGCCAAUGCUUUAGCUGGCUGGAUGGCAAAUGCCUCAGCUUCUUCGUCGGUCCAAGCAGCUGUGGUUACUGCAUCAUCUAUUCCUGUUCAACAAAAUCAAGUCUCAAUUUUGAAACAUGCAAGAACACCUCCAGCAAAUCCUGGUCUGGUUGAUUAUCAGAGUCCUGAGCACGAACAACUAAUGAAGCGAUUGCGGUCUGCUCAAUCUGUUGACGAGGUCACGUAUCCAGCACCCAGGCAGCAAGCUUCUUGGUCAAUUGAAGACCUUCCAAGAACAGUAGCUUUGACAUUGCACCAAGGGUCUUCUGUUACAAGCAUGGAUUUCCAUCCUACUCACCACACUUUACUUCUUGUUGGUUCUAAUAAUGGCGAAGUUACACUUUGGGAACUUGGUAUACGGGAGAGAUUGAUUUCAAAGCCUUUCAAGCUUUGGGAUUUGUCAUCUAGGUCAUUGGCAUUUCAGGCUGCCAUUGUGAAAGACACCCCAAUAUCUGUCAGCCGAGUUACAUGGAGUCCAGAUGGGACUUUUGUUGGGGUUGCGUUUACCAAACAUUUAGUUCAUUUAUACUCGUAUAAUAGUUCAAAUGAACUAAACCAACAAACCGAGAUUGAUGCCCACGCAGGUGGAGUGAAUGACUUGGCUUUUGCCCAUCCAAAUAAACAGCUUUGUGUGGUAACUUGUGGAGAAGAUAAACUCAUAAAGGUCUGGGAUAUAGGUGGACGAAAACUAUUUACCUUUGAAGGGCACGAGGCACCAGUGUAUUCCAUAUGUCCUCAUCACAAGGAGAACAUUCAAUUCAUAUUUUCGACAGCUCUUGAUGGAAAGAUAAAGGCAUGGCUCUAUGAUCAUAUGGGUUCAAGAGUUGAUUAUGAUGCUCCUGGAAAGUGGUGCACAACAAUGCUUUAUAGUGCGGAUGGGAGUAGAUUAUUUUCUUGUGGAACAAGUAAAGAAGGAGACUCUUAUCUAGUUGAAUGGAACGAGAGUGAAGGAGCAAUAAAGAGGACAUAUGCUGGAUUUAGGAAGAAAUCAACUGGAGGAGUUGUGCAGUUUGAUACUACUCAGAAUCACUUUUUAGCUGUCGGUGAAGAUAGUCAAAUUAAGUUCUGGGAUAUGGACAACGUCAAUGUUCUCACCUAUACCGAUGCAGAAGGUGGACUUCCGAGUCUUCCUCGCUUGAGGUUCAAUAAGGAAGGAAAUCUUCUUGCUGUUACUACGGAUAAUGGGUUUAAGAUUCUUGCCAAUGCCGUGGGAAUGAGAUCAUUGAAGGCAAUUGAAUCCACCACCCCUUUUGAAGCAUUGAGGUCACCCAUGGAAUCUGCCAUGAAGGUCUCUGGCACAUCUGCCGUUACAAGUGUUAGUCCAAUUAAUUGCAAAGUAGAAAGAAGUUCCCCAGUCAGACCUCCUCCAAUUAUCAAUGGUGUCGAUGGUUUGGGGAGAAAUUUGGACAAACCAAGAACGGUAGAAGAUGCAAUUGAUAAAGCCAAACCCUGGCAGUUGGCUGAAAUUGUUGAUCCAACCAGUUGCCGGUUGGUCACCAUGCCUGACAAUGCAGAUUCCUCCUACAAGGUCGUUAGACUUCUGUAUACAAAUUCUGGUGUUGGUCUUUUGGCCCUUGGGUCAAAUGGAAUCCAGAAGCUCUGGAAAUGGACACGUAACGAACAGAAUCCAAGUGGAAAGGCCACUGCCAAUGUUGUUCCACAGCAUUGGCAACCAAACAGUGGUCUUCUCAUGACUAAUGAUGUCUCAGGUGUAAACCUUGAAGAAGCUGUCCCUUGUAUAGCGCUAUCAAAAAACGACUCAUAUGUAAUGUCAGCAUCCGGUGGAAAAGUUUCCUUAUUUAACAUGAUGACAUUUAAGGUUAUGACAACAUUCAUGGCUCCUCCUCCUGCUUCUACCUUCCUAGCUUUCCACCCUCAAGAUAACAACAUUAUUGCCAUAGGAAUGGAGGAUUCAACCAUUCACAUAUACAAUGUCAGAGUGGAUGAGGUAAAAUCAAAAUUGAAGGGCCACCAGAAGCGGAUAACGGGUCUAGCCUUUUCCACCAAUCUCAAUAUUUUGGUUUCUUCUGGUGCUGAUGCUCAACUGUGUUUGUGGAGCAUCGACACAUGGGAAAAGAGGAAAUCCAUAACAAUCCAGCUCCCAGCAGGAAAGAUGCCUGUCGGUGAUACUCGUGUACAGUUCCAUUCUGAUCAGAUACGUUUGUUGGUGGUCCACGAGACCCAGAUAGCUAUAUAUGAUGCCUCAAAAAUGGAUCGUAUCCGGCAGUGGGUUCCACAAGACGUGCUGUCAGCCCCUAUUUCUUAUGCAGCUUAUUCCUGCAACAGUCAAUUGGUCUAUACUACAUUUUGCGAUGGUAACAUUGGAGUGUUUGAUGCCGAUACUCUGCGACUAAGAUGUCGUAUCGCCCCAUCGGUGUACCUCCCACCUGCAGUGUUGAAUUCAAGCCAAGCUGCAUACCCGCUCGUCGUCGCUACACAUCCGUUAGAUCCGAACCAAUUAGCCAUCGGGUUGACUGAUGGAUCUGUUAAAGUGAUUGAGCCAAUGGAAUCAGAGGGGAAAUGGGGAGUGAGUCCACCGAUGGAUAACGGAAUCCUGAACGGUAGAACGGCUUCAUCGUCGGCCACCAGCAACCACACACCAGAUCAGAUACAAAGAUGAGAUUUGUAGUUCUCUGUAAUUUAAUGGCUAUAGGUCACUCAAAGUAGGUUCCCUUAUUCUCUUCGAUUUCACCCUUUGCUAAAAAAAUGUAAGUUUUGGAUAUCAAUUAUAUAAUGGUUAGGACAUACAUUCUUAUAUUCUUAUUUAUUGUAAUUAACUCAUAAUUGAAUAUUCUACUCAACAAUCCUCUCUUGAUCAAA